AUGGCUACGACAGAGCCUGCCUCUGCCUGGUGGAAACUGACCUUCCUCCGCAAAAAGAAAUCAGACGGCAAGGUGUUGUACGAAAUACCGCCGGAGUUCACUAACAACACAGAGACGACACCGGAAACCACCAGUACAACGACUGGAACGCCAGACGAUGCCCAGUUCAACGCCCGCCUUGAGCGCAUCGUGGACAAAAAUGCCACAAAAGGACGCCACGUAAAAGUCUCAAAUUCUGGCAGGUUUAAAGAGAAGAAGAAGAUCCGGGCGACGCUAGCAGAAAAUCCAGACCUGUUUCCUGGCUCUGAUACUUGCAGUGGAAACCAAAGCACAGCAGACUGA